AUGAAGCUUCUGACGCACAAUUUGCUGAGCUCGCACGUGCGGGGGGUGGGGCCCCGCGGCUUCCCCCUGCGGCUGCAGGCCACCGAGGUCCGUGUCAACCCGGUGGAGUUCAACCCGGACUUCGUAGCGCGGAUGAUACCCAAGGUGGAGUGGGCGGCGCUUCUGGAGGCGGCCGAGACUUUGCAUCUGGUCGAGGUCCCCAAAGGGCCAACUGAGGGAUAUGAGCACGAUGAGGCUUUCUUAAGGAAGAUGCACCACGUGCUGCUGGAGGUGGACGUAUUAGAGGGCACCCUGCAGUGCCCAGAGUCCGGGCGUCUCUUCCCCAUCAGCCGCGGGAUCCCCAACAUGCUGCUAAACGACGAGGAAACCGAGACUUAG